AUGACUGAAUUAAAGCAAUAUAUCUUUGAGCGAGGCCAGAUGAAGGCUAGGUUAACACGGUUUAAGACUGCGUUAGAUCAAAUGACACCCGGGGAAGAUAAGAUUGGUUUAGCUGUAAAAUUAGAAAAAGUAGAAGCGUUGUUCGAUAGAUUUAUUCAAUUAAAGAUAGAGGAAGCUGCGGAAGGUACGGACCAAGCUCCGAUUCAGGAAUUAGAGAGAGCGCGGUUUGAAGAUGUCUUUUAUGAAUUAGUCACGCGUGCGCGAAGGUUUAUAGAAGCGGAUAAAGAAAAGAAAUUGCGUGCGCAGAAAGAGGCUCGGUUAACGAUUACAACGGCCCAACGAUAUCUGCCUGCAACCAUGACGGAUGAUGGUCAGGCGAGGAUAAAGGUGGGUUCAAAGUUGCCGAUAAUUAAACUGAAAGAAUUUGAUGGAUCCUAUGAUCAGUGGGUUAAAUUUAGGGACACAUUUAAGUCCAUGAUUCAUGACAUACCCAAAAUUACCAAAUUUUAUGAUUUAGAUUCCGCUCUCCAAAAGGAUGCAAGACGCGCAAUUGAAUCAUUAGGGGUUUCAGAAGCUAUCUACGAUAGUGCAUGGCAGAGAUUGUUGGACCGUUUUGAAGAUACUACUGUGUUAAUAGAUAAUCAUGUAAAGGCGUUAUUCGAAUUAACCCCCAUGAGUAAGGGCUCGAGUAGUGCUUUACAGCAAUUAAUUGAUGAUUUUCUCACAAAACAGCGCAAAUACUUGGAGAAGAGUAUGGAUCAAGGGUCGACUAGCAAACCAAACUCAAGACCUUCCACGACAACAAAAAGUGGUAAGUUAGGAUCGCAGACCAGAGGGACGGCAAGCGCAACAUACGUAUCUGCUGAGAUACCCGGCUGCCCAAUGUGUGGGUCAUCUCAUUACUUGUACAAUUGUGAGGAAUUUGCAAAAUUGUCCGUCAAAGACAGGAUUUUUAAGGUGCAACAAAAACGACUAUGUUUUAAUUUUUUAAGAGGCAAGCAUCGAAAUGUGGACUGUACGCUGGGCCCAUGCAAGAAGUGCCCUUUAAAACACAACACCUUACUUCAUAUCGAGCAGAAUAAUCAACCGAAACAUUAA